AGACCCGAGUCCAGGCAUAGACGGCACAAAGAGAGAGACUGGAAGCCAGGAGAUUCAGCCAGCUGGAGCAUCACUGUUUCCUUGAACAAACAGCCUCAUCACAGGACCUUAAGACUGUUCAACAAGACCCAUUGGAGGCGAUAAAUCUGAGACAGAUCGAUCUUCCCCACAGCAGAGAUGAUGCCACUGUGUACCGUCCUCGAGAAGUCUAACGGUGAGGUGGUGGGAGCUGAGCUGACCUGCACUGUACAGGAAGAAAACAAGGCUCAGAAGGAGAGCUACAGCGCUGACUGGCAUAGUAUCAGUCUCAAGACUCGACCUCAGGACAGGCAGACAAUGAACCUAAAUGACAGUUCUCGUAGGGAGACUCUAUCCCGGCAAUGGCAGGCUCGUUCGCUGAUGCAGAACUGCCCCUCCGGUGUGUUCAGAGUGGGCACUGUGGAAAGGGGGGUGAGAGAGCACCAGCUUCUGCCAAAGAGAACCACCCUUCCUUUGCCCAUCUUCACCCCUGCAGAGCUGGGUGUCAGGCUUGGACGUGGAGCCCCACACACAGAGGAGGACCUGCAGCCCUUCCCCACCCCAGAUGGAGCCUGUCCCAGCAAGAGGACUGUGGACGAGAUCACAAGGGACCUCCCCCCGAUCAAGCCAACCCUCAUGGAGUUCGCCAAAGCACCCAAAGCCCUGGGUCGCUCCAUGUCCCAAGAGGCCCAGAGAGGGUGAAAAAAAAAGGAAAAAGGACAAAAAGAGAAAGAGGGAGAGACGAAAAGGGUGACGGUUGGGAAAGGAUAGUCAUUGAGCAGAGUGUGUCAGGGAAAAGCAUGACAAAGUGUACAUAGAUUUAUCUCUGACAUCCAUCAAAAACCAUAAAUACUGUAGAUCUUUAGCACUGUGUUUCUUGGCGAGCACAGCACCAGGUAAAUGUCACGCUUUGUCACUGUUGGUAUUUGGUGGUCAGUGGUAUUAGAAGUGGUUAAGUGAAGGCAUUGUGAUGGAGAGGUAUGGUGUGCGUUCUCAGCUGUGUCAUGGGCUUAUCUCUGCCUGUGCUGGCCAGCUGUCCUCAUCAUAUCUGCUGAUAUCUCAGUGGAAUCACUGCUACUCAACUAUUGCAUACACUGGUGCACAAGCUGCAUGCAAUUUCUUUUGCCUUCUUUUGUAUUGCAAAGUGCAAAUAUCCUUGUAAGGUAAAUAAAAGGGUUCUUGAGGUUAUCAGAUUCAUGGAUUGUUUGAAUCCAUGUAAUACGUGGUGAAGGCAUGCAAUGAAGCAGAAAGUGACAGAUGGAAAAUGACGGGCAAAGGGAAGAUGGAAAGAAAGAGGAAGAGUUAGAGGGAUAGGGGAGGGGUGAGGGGUCGGGGAACAUGCCUUGGAGUUGGUCAACUUCCAGGCCUCCACAAGCCCUUGACAGUCUCUGAUCUCUCUGAAGAGAACAGAAUGCACUGGCGUAAUCACACUUUGCAGCUGUACAUAUGUGUGUGUGUGUCCCUCUUUUUGUGUGUGUGCCGGCUGACACCUCCAAUCAAGAGGACUUAUGAAAACUAAUAACCUGUUCUUUACUGUGUAUUAACUGAUCUGCCUUGCUAUUUGAGUGGCAGCUCAUAUAUAUAUAUAUCUGAUAGAGGAACAGACUGUAUUAACUGAGAAUACAUAGUGAUGUAAAUGAAUUUGAAAUGUGUGCAAUGAUGUUGAAAUAUUUUUCCUAGAUAUUUAUUAUUUUUACUAAUAAAAGCUGCUGCUCCUCA